AUGGCCUCUUUUAAUCAAACCAUGGUGACAGAGUUCAUCUUAAUUGGACUAUCCGAACACCCUAAAGCUCAGAUUAUGUUCUUUUGGUUUCUCAUGGUGGUGUACCUCAUCAGUGUUCUUGGCAAUGGUAUCAUUGUCCUCUUGAUUCUUAUAGACUCCCAGCUUCACACCCCCAUGUAUUUCUUUCUCUGUGUGCUCUCCUUCGUAGAUUUCAUCUUUAUCAACAAUACAGUUCCUGAGGUCAUGGCCAACUGCUUCAUCUACAUGCCCACAAUUUCCUUUACCAGAUGCCUGUCACAGAUGUAUCUUGGUGUGUUAUUUGUUUCAACAGAAUGUUUUGUUCUGGCUAUCAUGGCAUAUGACCGCUUUGCAGCUAUAUGCCAUCCACUACACUAUUUGCAGAUCAUGAACUGGUCGGUUUGCAUUGGUCUGGUGGGGGCAUCGGUGAGCCUUGCUUUCCUGAUAACCCUUAUCAAUGGCCUGCUUCAGCCUACAGACUUCUGUGGCCAACACACCAUCAACCAUUUUGCCUGUGAGCUGCAGUCUUUUCUCAAACUGGCUUGUUCUGACACACGGAUCAGUGAGCUCUUCAUGCAUAUUUCUAGCCUUUUUAUCCUACUACCAUCCUUUGGCUUCAUAGUUAUGACAUAUGGACGUAUAGGUCUGGCUGUUCUGCGCAUCCGCUCAGCACAGGAUCGUAGGAAAGCUUUCUCUACCUGCAGCUCUCACCUGGCUGUGGUCAGCAUCUUUUAUGGGACCAUCAUGAUCGUGUACUUGAGGCCACAAGGGAAAUCUGUCUCUGACCAAGGUAAGAUCAUAUCUGUGGCCUAUGGUGCUCUGACCCCCAUGCUUAAUCCUCUGAUCUACAGCCUGAGAAACAGGGAUGUGAAGGGGGUUUUCUGGAAGCUGGUCAAAAAGAAGACGUUAGAUUAA